AUGCCCACGGGGAAAAGCUCAGCGGCCUGGAGGCAGUUGCAUCUCGCAGCCGGCUUGAAGGCGUGCGGCAGGAGUCAGGACGGCGCCGUAAUCCAGAACUUGGUGCUGACGGCCAGGGAGCGGCUGGGCAAGGUGCUGCAGCGGACGUCGGAGCGAGGAGCGGCGCUGGAGGAGGCCCGCAAGCGCACCAAGCAGUUCAGCGAGUCCCGGCGGCUGCUCCUGGACUGGAUGGACGAGGUGGAGCAGAGCUUGGAGGUGCUGCAGGACACUGCCACGAGCCAGGAGGAGAUCAAGUGCCAGCUGGCUGAGCACAAGGCUUUCCAGAAGGUGCUGCGCUUGAAGCGGCCGGUGUACGAGGCCACACUGCGGAGCGGGCGGGCGCUGCGGGAGAGAGCCCGGCUCCCUGAGGACUUGCAGCCACUGGAGGAGCUGCUGGGGGAGCUGAAGGAGCGCUGGGACGCGCUGUGCAGCCGGGCUGUGGAGAGGCAGCACAAGCUGGAGGAGAACCUGCUCUUCUCGGGCAAGUUCACGGACGCACUGCAGGCCCUCAUGGACUGGCUGUACCGGGCUGAGCCACAACUCAGUGAGGAGGUGCCUGUCGGAGGGGACCGGGACCUGGUCAGUGACCUCAUGGACAAGCACAAGGUCUUCCAGAAGGAGCUGGGCAAGCGAGCCAGCUGCAUCAAGAUGCUGAAGCGCUCGGUGCGGGACCUGACCCGCGGCAGCAGCAGCGUCGACUCCCAGUGGCUGCAGAAGCAGAUGGAGGAGCUGAGCACACGCUGGGACCUGGUCUGCAAGCUCUCCGUCUCCAAGCAGGCCCAGCUGGAGGCUGCGCUCCGGCAGGCGGAGGAGUUUCACACCCUGGUGCACUCCUUCCUGAGUCGCCUCUCCGAGUCAGAGAAAACCCUCAAGUACGGUGUCUUCCCCGAGGAGGAGCUGGCUGUGCAGGAGUGCCAGAACCAGCUGCAGGAGCUGAUGAAGUCCCUGCAGUGCCAGCAGCUGGAGCUGGAGUGCAUCACCUCGCUGGGGGAAGAGAUCCUCUCCACCUGCCACCCAGACUCUGUCAUCACCAUCAAGUCCUGGGUCACAGUCGUCAAGAGCCGCUUCCAGGAGGUGCUGAGCUGGGCCCAGCAGCAGGGCGAGCGGCUGCAGGCACAGACAGCCAGCCUCGCGGCCGAGCGGGAGGAGGUGGCCCAGCUCAUCGACUGGAUCACGGCCGCCGAGGAGGCACUGAGCCUGCGGGACCAGGAGCCGCUGCCGGAGGAGGCUGAGCAGCUGGAGGAGCUCAAUGCCCAGCACACGCCCGACGUGGAGAAGGUCACCAAGAGCUGCAAGCGGAAGCUGGCCGCGGAGCUGGGCCCACCGGUUGCCCGCCGGCUGGCCACACGGCGCCGCAGCACGGGGAAGGCGCAGGGCACGGUGGAGAAGGUCACCAAGAGCUGCAAGCGGAAGCUGGCCGCGGAGCUGGGCCCACCGGUUGCCCGCCGGCUGGCCACACGGCGCCGCAGCACGGGGAAGGCGCAGGGCACGCCGGCAGUGCCGCUUGGGGGGCUGGAGCCCCAGACGCCCCUCAUGGCCCAGCUCCUGCACCGCUGGCAGCAGCUCUGGCUUCUGGCCCUGGACCGGCAGUACCGGCUGGAGACGGCCAUGCAGCGCCUGCGAGAGCUGGAGGAGUUUGCUCACUUUGACUUCGGGGUCUGGAGAAAGCGUUACAUGCAGUGGAUCAGCCAAAUGAAGUCUCGUGUCCUGGAUGUUUUCCGAGGCAUCGACAGGGACCAGGACGGGCGCAUCAGCCAGCGGGAGUUCAUCGAGAGCGUCCUCUCCUCCAAGUUCCCCACCAAUGUCUUGGAGAUGAACGCCGUGGCAAGCAUCUUUGACAUGAACGGCGAUGGCUUCAUCGACUACUAUGAGUUUGUCAGCGCGCUGCACCCCAACCGGGACCCACUGCGCCGGACUGCCGAUGCUGACCAGAUCCAGGACGAGGCAAGUGGCCCAGUGCAACUGUGCCAAGCGCUUCCAGGUGGAGCAGAUCAGCGCCAACAGGUACCGGUUCGGGGAGUCCCAGCAGCUGCGGAUGGUGCGGAUCCUGCGCAGCACCCUGAUGGUGCGGGUUGGCGGGGGCUGGAUCGCGCUGGACGAGUUCCUGGUGAAGAACGACCCCUGCAGAGCCUGGGGCCGCGGGACCCCCAGGACCAGCCCCGCUCACUGCCUCUGUCGUCCCCAGUGAAGGGAAGGACCAACCUGAAGAUCAACGAGAAGUACCUGUCCCCAGAUGCCUUUGGGGCCGCCGCGGCCAAGUGCUCCCGUGCUGUUGGGGUGGCUGCCGGUGCCCCCAGGCAUUUGGCAGUGCUGGCGGGGGUCCCCCCCAUCCUGCUGCCCAUGCCUUGGUGGGAGGUGGCCGGGCUCAAGAAAGCUGCUACUGGCUUUGUGGACCCCUACACAGAAGAGAAAAUCUCCCUCUACCAGGCAAUCCAGAAGGACCUGAUCGGGAGGGAGCAAGGUACUCGGCUGCUAGAGGCCCAGAUUGCAACCGGAGGCAUCAUUGACCCAGCCACCGGCUGCCGGCUCCCAGCAGAUGUUGCCUGUGAGAGGGGAUAUUUAGAUGAAGAGGUGAGACAGCUCCUCUCUGACCCCAGCAAUGAGGACAGCAAAGGGUUCCUCAACCCCAGUACUAUGGAGAUGGUCACUUACAUGGAGCUUCUAAAGAGAUGUAUUGUUGAUCCAGCCUCAGGCUUCCUCCUCUUGCCCCUGCAAAUCACGUUCCCAGGGCUGGGAGGGAGGGUGACCAGCAGGGAUCUGCUGGACUCUGGCAUCAUCAGCCUCGACAUGUUCAGAGGUCUUGAGGAGGGAAGAGUUUCUGCCCAGGAGGUAGCAGAGAAUGACUCCAUUCAGCCAUUCCUGUAUGGGACAAGGAGCGUGGCUGGCGUUGUCCUGCCUUCCAGUGAGCGGAAAAGCCUUUACCAGGCACUGAGAGAGCAUCUCCUCAUGCCUGGUGCUGCUCUGAUGCUCUUGCAAGUCCAGGCCUCCACCGGCAGCCUGAUAGACCCCAUAAAGAACAAACGCUACUCCGUUGAUGAGGCUGUCAGGGUUGGUCUCAUCGGCCCAGAGCUUCAUGAGAAACUGUCUUCGGCUGAGAGGACCAUCACUGGAUACAGGGACCCCUACACUGGAGAAAUGCUCUCUCUGUUCCAAGCCAUCAGGAAGGGCUUUAUCCCCAAGGAUCAUGGCAUUUGCCUUCUGGAGGCUCAGAUGGCCACAGGGGGUAUAAUUGCUCCAGGCCGGCACCUCCGUGUCCCCACAGACACAGCUUGCAAGUGGGGGUACCUGGAUGAGGCCACAAGACAGCUCCUCUCCAGUCCUACUGAUGACAUGAAAGGGUUCUUCGACCCCAACUCCAAGGAGAAGCUGAUCUACGCAGACCUGCUCAAGCGCUGUGUCACUGACCCCAACACAGGGCUCCUGCUGCUGCCACUUGGAAUGCUCUCUAUGCAAGAAUUGGGUAAGGCAGUCAGUGCCACCAUUGAGGAAAUGGCUUCCACUGCUAAUGUCACCUUUGAAGGACUGAGGGACCGGGUGACAGCUGACCAACUCCUGAGCUCUGAAAUCAUUAACAAAGAUUUGUUUAAUAAACUGAAGGAGGGAGAAACAUCAGCCAAAGAAGUUGUCAGCAUGGACACUGUCAAGAAGUACCUUCAAGGGACAGGUAGCAUUGGUGGGCUCCUGCUUCCUGACUCCCAGGAGAAGAUCAGCAUCUACCAGGCAAAGCGGAAAGGACUUUUAAGGCCAGGAACGUCACUGAUCCUCCUGGAGGCACAGGCUGCUACUGGAUUUAUCAUUGACCCAGCUGCCAACAAAAGGUAUUCUGUGGAUGAGGCAUUAAGAGCAAACGUCAUUGGCCCAGAUGUUUAUGACAAGCUACUGACGGCAGAGAAAUCAGUCACUGGCUACAGAGAUCCUUACUCAGGGAACAAGAUCUCCCUCUUCCAGGCCAUGAAGAAGGAGCUCAUUGUCAAGGAGCACGCUAUCCGCCUGCUCGAGGCCCAGAUCGCCACCGGCGGCAUCAUCGACCCCGUCAACAGCCACCGCAUCCCCGUGGAGGUGGCCUACCGGCGUGGCUACUUUGACAAGAAGAUGAACUUAAUCCUUUCUGAUCCGACCGACGACACCAAGGGCUUCUUUGACCCCAACACACAUGAGAACCUCACCUACCUGCAGCUGAAGGAGAAGUGCAUCACAGAGACAUCCACCGGGCUCUGCCUCCUUCCUCUGAACAGCAAGAAAUUUGCAUUCAAGGGCCUGCGGAAAAGAGUAUCUGCCAGUGACCUCUUCCAGUCUCAACUGAUAGACAAAAAAACCUUCGAUGAGCUCAACCAGGGGAAGAAAACAGUCAAAGAAGUCACUGAAAUGGAGUCUGUCCGCAGGUACCUGGAGGGCAGCAACUUCAUAGCAGGGGUCCUUAUCCAGCCAAGCAAUGAGAAGAUGAGCAUCUACCAGGCCAUGAGGAAGGGGAUCCUGAGGCCAGGGACAGCACUGGUGCUGCUGGAGGCACAGGCUGCCACUGGCUACAUCAUUGACCCAGAGAAAAACAAGAAGUUUUCAGUGGAGGAAGCAUUAACUGCAGGUCUAAUUGGAGGGGAGAUUUUUGAAAAGCUACUCUGUGCAGAAAGAGCUGUGACGGGCUACACUGACCCCUACACAAAAGCCCCAAUGUCCCUAUUUGAAGCUAUGAACCAAGGACUGAUUGUGAAGAGCCACGGCAUCCGCCUGCUCGAGGCCCAGAUCGCCACCGGUGGCAUCAUUGACCCUGUGCACAGCCACCGUAUCCCUGUGGAGGUGGCCUACCAGCGUGGCUACUUCAAUGAGGAGAUGAACCAGAUCCUCUCCGACCCCACUGAUGACACCAAGGGCUUCUUCGACCCCAACACCCACGAGAACCUCACCUACAUGCAGCUCCUGGAGAGAUGUGUCCAAGAUUCAGAGACUGGGUUGUACAUGCUACAAGUUGUGCAGGAAGGAGGAAAGUACUUCUACAUCGAUGAGUUUACAAAACAGGUUUUGCGCUCAAAGCCCCUUGAAGUGAAAGUUGGAAAGUUUAAGGACCAAGCAGUUUCCAUCUGGGAAAUUCUCUGCUCUCAUUACAUCUCUGAGCAGAAAAGGAAAGAACUAGUGAUGCAGUACAAAUGCAAAACCCUCACACUGGAAGAGCUUAUAGCCCUCAUCCUCAAAAUAAUUGAGGAUACAGAGCAAAGAGCUGAAGCCCUCAAGGUUAAAGGACUCCGGGGAGAUGUGUCAAUAUCAGAAUUGUUUAACUCUGAGAUAAUUGACAAGAAAAUUCUAGAUCAGCUGCAGGAUGGGACUCUCACGCUUGCCAGCCUCACAAAGAGGGACACCAUCAAAAGGUACUUGGAUGGCACUGGAUGCAUUGCCGGGGUUCUGCUCCCAUCAAGGAAAGAGAAGAUGAGCAUCUACCAGGCCCUGAAGAAGGGCCUCCUCAUAGAGCAAUGUGCACUGGGGCUGCUGGAGGCACAGGCUGCCACUGGUUUUCUCAUUGACCCACUGAAAAAUAAGAAGCUCUCCGUGGAUGAGGCUGUCUCGUCCGGGCUGGUGGGCAGCGAGCUGCACGAGAAGCUCCUGUCAGCAGAGAAAGCUGUGACAGGAUACACAGAUCCUCAUGCAGGAAAUAAAAUAUCCCUCUUCCAGGCCAUAAGGCAAAAGAUAACAGUCAAGGAGCACGGCAUCCGCCUGCUCGAGGCCCAGAUUGCCACUGGUGGCAUCAUUGACCCUUUGCACAGCCACCGCCUCCCUGUGAAGGUGGCCUACCGGCGCGGCUACUUGGAUGAUGAUAUGUUUCUCCUACUUUCUGAUCCAGAUCAUGGUAGCAAAGGUUUUAUAGAUCCAAACACUCAUGAGAAAAUCAGUUACAGUCAGCUCCUACAGCGAUGUUCCAAAGACACAGAUACUGGAUUGAACCUGCUGCAGGUCAUAGAAAAAGAAGGUGACUAUUUCUACAUUAAUGAGCAAACAAAAAAUGCCCUAUUAUCUACAAAGGUACAAGUGCCUGUUGGAAAAUACAAAGGACAAGUAUUAUCAUUGUGGGAACUUCUCUGUUCUGAGUACAUCACAGAAGAGAAAAGAAAAGAACUGGUGAAAAAAUAUAAAGAGGAAUCUCAUCACAUUAUACAAGGAAUUAUUGAUACAAUACUAAAUAUCAUUAAAGAAAAAGAAGAGGACAGAAGUGAUGUUUGGUUCCAAGGAAUCAGACAAAAAAUAACAGCAUCAGAACUUCUCAGUGCUCAGAUAAUUACAGAAGAAACAAUGGAAAAACUCCAUGAAGGAAGAGAGACAGCAGAAGAAAUAGCAGAAAUGGAUAGUGUGAGACGAUACCUUGAGGGAACGGGAAGCAUAGCUGGCGUGCUGGUGCCCUCCAAGGCUGACCCUGCCAAGAUGGAGAAGAUGAGCAUCUACCAGGCUAUGUGGAAGGGCAUCCUGAGACCAGGCACAGCACUGGUGCUGCUGGAGGCGCAGGCUGCCACCGGCUUCGUUGUCGACCCACUCACCAACAAGAAGCUCUCCGUGGACGAGGCCGUCUCGUCCGGGCUGGUGGGCAGCGAGCUGCACGAGAAGCUCCUGUCGGCCGAGAGGGCCGUGACCGGCUACACCGACCCCUACACCGGCGACCAGAUCUCCCUCUUCCAGGCCAUGAAGAAGGAGCUCAUUGUCAAGGAGCACGGCAUCCGCCUGCUCGAGGCCCAGAUCGCCACCGGCGGCAUCAUCGACCCCGUGCACAGCCACCGCCUCCCCGUGGAGGUGGCCUACCGGCGCGGCUACUUUGACCAGGAGAUGAGCCAGAUCCUCUCCGACCCCACCGACGACACCAAGGGCUUCUUCGACCCCAACACCCACGAGAACCUCACCUACAUGCAGCUCCUCCGCCGCUGCGUGCCCGACCCGGACACUGGUCUUUAUUUCCUUAAGGUUUUUUUAAAAUAA